GUGCAGGGGGGGGCUGGUAGUGCAGGGAAAGAGAGCCAAGCGGCACUCGAUCCAAGACUGUCUCAGCCAUCAUGUGGGGCAGGCUUCGGAGCGGCCUGACAAAGGCUCAUGUGUCAGAGUUUAGAACCUGGGCGAAGCUGGAAACCAUGCAGAGGGUGAUGCAGGAGCUGCCACGCGUCUAUGUAACCAGGCGGGUGCCCCCAGCUGGAAUGAAGAUCCUGAAGCAGUCUGGCAUGUGCCACAUUGAACAAUGGGAUUCUGAUGACCCAGUUCCUCGUCAGGAGCUUUUCAAACGGGUUUCUGGAAUUGAUGGUCUAUUUUGUGUACUAACAGAAAAAAUUGAUGCUGAGCUUUUAGAUGCAGCAGGACCAAAGCUCAAAGUGGUCAGCACUAUGUCAGUGGGAUAUGAUCAUCUGUCCUUGGAUGAAUUAAGGAAAAGGGGGAUUCGUGUUGGAUACACCCCUGAUGUGCUGACCAAUGCUGUGGCUGAACUGACCAUUUCUCUGCUGCUAGCCACAUCUCGUCGGAUUGUUGAGGCUGCUGAUGAAGCAAAAAAUGGUGGAUGGGGCACCUGGAGGACAAUGUGGCUAUGUGGCUAUGAGCUGUCACACAGUACAGUGGGCAUUCUAGGCCUGGGCAGAAUUGGUGUGGCCAUUGCUGAACGUCUGAAGCCCUUUGGAGUAAGAAAGUUCAUCUACACUGAUGCUGGCCCCAGACCUGAGCUGGCAAAUAAAGUUGAAGCAGAAUAUGUUUCACUGGACAUUCUGGCAAAAGAAUCAGACUUCCUUAUUGUGUGUUGUGCUUUGACAGCUGAGACUCAAGAAAUCUGCAAUUCCUCAAUGUUUUCUAAAAUGAAGAAUACAGCAAUAUUUAUCAACACCAGCAGAGGUGGUGUUGUAAACCAGGACGAUUUGUACAAGGCUCUUUCCAGUGGUCAAAUAGCAGGAGCUGGACUAGAUGUUACUGUUCCUGAGCCACUACCCACAAGCCAUCCUCUGUUUAAACUGAAGAACUGCACUAUACUUCCCCAUAUUGCCAGUGCCACCUAUUCAACUCGAAAUGCCAUGUCUGCCUUAGCAGCUAACAACGUGCUUGCGGCCCUGAAAGAUGAAGCCAUGCCUAAGGAGCUGAAAUUAUGAUUUCCUAAAGAAGUCAGCUGAGCAGCAGUUUUUCUGUGAUACCAUACAGGUGGAAAUGAUGCUCUUUAAUCUUAGAAGCCCUAUGAAUAACAGUGAUGUCCUGGAAGAGAACUUCUGCAAAUGUACAAUCUGAAAUACUGCUGCAACUUAACUAUAAUUAAGUGGAAGGAGAUGAUCCACUUGAGAACAGAAGUGUAAAGGACAUUUCAACAAUAGUACAGUAAAACAGUAUACUUUUUGCCCCCAUACGAGUAAUUUUUUUUUUUUAUUUUAAAUAAACUAGGGGGCUUUGCCCCCUGCUCUCCAACCCCCGUGUUUGGUUUUCCGAAUACACACUUUUUAAGAUAUUUUUUUUUUUGAAUUGUUGCUAAUUUCAUUAGUUUUCACUUUUAUUUCAGAACUUCUUUAAAAACAAUAUUUGGAAUCUUUCGAGUCCCAACAUGCUGAAUUUUUUAAAUGAGGUCAGUGAGACAUGUGUUUAAUGACUUUGUACCAUAAUUCAGGACAGGUUCUCUGUUUGGAAUUUCAGCACAGACAAAACGAUCCACAUCAUCAGCAGUUAAUAAUUUUUUUUGCAAAGUAACCAAUAAAUGCAUGUGAGGUGAACCCCAUUUUUGAAAUUCUCUAACUUAAGCUUCAAAGCCUUACAAUAUUUACAUACUGUACUUCUGACAUAUCACCUAUGUCCACAUAUUCAUUCUCUAUUCGCCUUUUCGUUAUUUCUCCGAGUAAUAAUUUCUUUGUUUGCGCUAAUGCGAUCUUUACUUUCUUUGUUUUGACACUUUUGUUUUUUUCUGCUUUCAUAAUCUCUAACCUGCUCUGCAUGUGUUUCGUGCCUACGUUUUUUUUUUUUUUUUUAAGUUCUACUUUGUCUUUUAAUUUUGAGCCCAAUUGGACGUGCUUAUGUUUCAAUUCCACUUGUUCCGGGCUGAUAAUUGCUUUCCUUAUUUUCCGAAUUUGCACCUUGAUUAUUCUUUUUCUUUUUUGCAUUUUUUUCUCUUCAGUGCCUUUGAGUCUCUUUUUUCCACGCUGCUCUUUCUUCUUCGCUUAGUUGUCGAUGUUUCAUCUAUAACGUAUUGUCCUUAUAUGCUUCAUAUGUGCUGAGAGCCCUGGAUCUGUGUGUGCUCAAAUCCUUUAGACGACUGAAUGUUUUGCAGCCCGUUGUCUUAUUUGGUAUUGGUUGUAAGUAGGGCGUGUCUUUCAAGAAUCUCAUGUUCUACGUCCCUGCGAGACGGUCCUGGGUCAAUCUCUUGGCACAAAGUCUCAUGUUUAAGGUCCCCGCAAGAUGCUCUGUGGCCAAUCUCUUUAGUCUUGCAGGUCUUUUAAGCAUCUUCCGUGAUCUUCACGUGAAGAUCACGUCUCAUCUCCCUAGUCUUUCUCUCCCAGGAUUUUUUUGUAUAAUAGAGAGAUGGCAUUUCAGAAUGUAUACCAUUUCUCUUAUUUUGUAAAAGGUUCAAUUCACUCUUAAAUAUACUGCACUAUUUAACCCAGCAUGCUACAAUAAAGUAAUUACAAAUAAAGUAUGAGAAAGGAAAUGCAAUGUAGGCACAAAUCAUUGUAUUAAUACAAAGACAACUGUAAUGCAAUACAUACUGUGUGUGUGUUUUAUAUAUUAUAUACACACACAUAGACACACAAAGAGGGUUCUUUAAAGUCCAAAUUCCAGUUUUUCUAGAAUCAAAAUAAUUAUUUCCCGAUCAUUUGACUUGCUCUGAUUUUGAGUCAUGUGUUUAUUUAACCAAAACGUAUGCAACUCUUAUGUUUGUUUCAAAAUUUACUUCAAGGGCAAUUGAUCUAAAAAUCAGAAAAAGAUUCAAGAUGGAUAACUUUUGUACAAUAGUUUUCUUAUAUUUAAUUCUCAGAAAUAUCUAUAAAAAUUUCCUACUGUAACUCUCAAUUGAACUGCCUUUUUUUUCUGUUCAUUCAAUGUGAAAUGACAUUUGUGGAAUGACCAUGACAAAAUCAAUUUAAUCAUUUAAGAUGUACACUUAAUUGCCGAUUAUAUUAUUAUUAAAGUAACAUUCAUUUUACACAAUGUAAUAAUGACAAAAAUGUACAAGACGAGUUUAAAGCUUUAUUGGAUUCUCUCUUUUAUCGUGAAAAAACGACUCUCUAAAUUUUUUAUAUUGUCUUAAUACAGUAGAAAAAGCACAGUAAAAAUGGCACAUCUCUGCAACAUUGCUAGAAUCCGGAUAUAUUUCAAUCAAAUAAUAAUCUCAACAAAUCACUCAAGCUGCUGCCACCCCACCUUUGUUCAAGGCAUAUCUACAACAUGCACUGUAAGAUGGUUACUUAUUUAAACCUUGCUUUAAAAUAAAAGCCUCAAAAAUGGACAUCAAAUAACCUUUCACACACAUAGACAUACAGUAUGCUAAUCUUCUGCUCUGUUUUCUGCAGCCUUUCUGACUCUUAGUUGUCGGGAUGGAGCACACACCCAGACUCAAGCCUAUACGACAGCUGUGCUUCAUAAUUAGCAUAUUACUAGAUAAUUAAAAGAUAAUGAGGAAGACGACAGGCAGAAUGUUUCUUCCCCGGUUCCUGUGAUGCUAAUAAGAAAUAAGGUAAACAUAUAAAAGUGGAAAAGGUAGACAUUUAUGUAUUGAUGAUACACUGAAUGUUGACUGCAGGAAGCCUACUGAUCAUCUUAUCUAGUUUACUGAACAGCAAAUUAUGUCAGAAAUAUUGUGAAAAGGAAGAGCUAGUUAACAUCUUGCUGAGAAAUUCACAAAAUGGCAUUAAAUGUUCCAAUGUUGCUAAUUAAAAGUCACUGACUUAUUUUUAUACUUGUCUUGAAACAAUUUUAAAAUACAUUAUAAAUUAAGCACAAUAAACUGUUUAUUAAAUAUACUUUAAAAAGCUAUGCUGCGAGUUUUUAUUGACAGUUUACCUGAUAAAGAGGGUACUGGUAGAACUUGUGCCUAUUUCUCUGACAGUGCGGUUACUUUAAAAUGGUUUUCUUUUCAGAAGAAUUUUUAACCUUUCAGCUUUCUUGAAUUAUUUUGAAAAUCAGAAUCAGUGCAUUUUAUAUCCAUAGGUUUGUUUUAAUGGGUCUAUUUAAUGGUCUUAAAAAAUUUAUCAGAUAUGUCUUAUCUCAGAUAAGACUCAGAACAAGAGUUCAUCAGCCAGGUGGUAGAACAAUGCACAUUCCUAAAUGCACAAAUUAUUUUAUGAUUUAUUACUUCUAUUCAUAUAUGUGGGCAACAUAGAAUUGAUUGAAUUUUAUCCCAUCCAGGGCUUGUUACUAUCUUCUUUCCAUGGCUGAAAGGAUAUUCUUGGAUCCUGCAAAUUGUGACUAAAAUGCAACUUAAUAAAAUGAGCUCCUUCCCAGUCCAUCUUGGCGGUGACCUCAUCAGACCUGCCUCUACUGUAAAGAAUCUUGGGUGUCAUUUUUGAUUCCUCCCCCUCUUAUUCCGCCCACAUAAAUCACAUUACGAAACUUUCUUACUUUCACCUCUGUAACAUAUCCCGUGUUCGGUCCUUCCUCUCCUUCUCUAAUGCUGAGAAACUUGUCCAUGCUUUUAUCACAUCCCGCAUUGAUUAUUGUAACUCACUGCUGGCAGAUGUCCCUUCUAAUCUUCUAUCACAGCUCCAGCUUAUUCAAAACUCAGCUGCAAGAGUCCUUACUCGAACCAGCAGCAGCGAGCACAUAACACCCAUCCUGCUCCGCCUUCACUGGCUCCCUGUGUCUUACAGAAUUGAAUAUAAAAUCCUACUAAUAACCUACAAAGCCUUAAAUAACCUCGCGCCAAACUACAUCAGUGACCUUCUCCAUCACUAUGUGUCUGCCCGUCCACUAAGGUCCUCUGAUUCUGGCAAUUUUGUUGUGCCCCACACUAAUCUACACUCCAUGGGUGACAGGGCCUUCAGCUGUAUAGUACCCAGACUCUGGAAUGACCUACCGAAAUUAAUCAGCUCAGCUGACUCCAUGAAUUCUUUUAAAAAACAACUCAAAACUCAUCUGUUCAGGAAGGCUUUUAGCUCUACUUGACUUUAUUACCCUUCUCUCAGUUUACUUCUCUGUCAAGAUGCUCAUGUAACCUGUAUGUGUGUAUGCGUGCGAGACCAUCAAUUAUGUUGUCUGUUAGGCUUUUUUUUCUCUGAAUUCAUUGUUGUAAUCUUCUUUAUUUAUCUGAUUUGUACAAUGCUAUAUACUGUAUACCCUGCCUUUCUUUCUUAUAUUUUGUAAGUGCCUUGAGCAUGGGAAAGGCGCUAUAUAAAUAAAAUUUAUUAUUAUUAUUAUUAUUAUUAUUAUCCUGGCUCCCUACAUUCUAUUAAAUGAAAAAUGAUGUUCAUAAAAUGGACGUAUAAAAUUAUUUUAUAUAACAAAUACACUCACAAUAUAUGGUGUUCUACAUACAACUGUGUUCAGAAUACAGUAACUUAAUUAGAUAAUAUGUAUGUAAAUUAUUUUACCAAAAACAUGAUAUGUAUAAACAAAUACAAACUAAACAUGCUGAUAUUUCUGGUUUAGCAGGCUACAUGCAAAACAAGACAAUUGGUUUAAACUGGUGAUGACAAUAUGACUACAUCAGUGUGCCUUCAUAAAAGAAGCAUUUGACAUUUAAUUCCACCUUUUAAGAAAGAAAAAAAUGUGUUUUUAUCUUUGUUUUUUUUUUUUUAUUUUUUCACCAUCCACACAAUUUAUAUUUCACUUUCUCAGAUGUUCUGGUUAUGUAAGCCAUUGUUUGCUAAUGGUCUCACUAUUGAAUGUGGCACUGAAGUAACUGCAGCCUUUCUGCAUUCAAUGCAAUUUGCCCUGGUUUCUAUACCCCUUGUUGUUAAUUUUUAUUACAUAAUACAAUAAAGUCAGCAAACUUCAUAGAAAAAAGGUGAAAUACUUGGGUUGGUGGAAGUAGAGGUAAAAGUGAAAAAUUACUUAUUUUGACAGUCCAAGACAAGAACACAUAUUGUCCAAUCAGUUUUUACACUUAAUUGCAAAACAUAACACAGGAUUAUGACAUUUUUUCAGAAACUAAAAACAGUGGAAUAUGGAAUAAUACAUUAUGAAGCCUUUACACAGCCAGCUCAGUGACACUGUGAACUCAUUAAGAGUUUAAUUAUUUUAUAUUAAGUAAUCUACUGAAUUAUGCAAGUAAUAAAAUAAAAGGUUGGGCUUUUCUUUUAGUAUAUUGAGACUUUCAUCCCAGUCAUCCCAGAGGCAGAGGUGUUACAAAAACCGCCACAUGCUUCUGUGAUUCAAGUAAUAGUCUUAGAGUUACAGAAAUUAAGUACUUUCUCCAUCACAGGCUUAAACUUCUCUCCUUUCUGCACAAUUUGUUAGUUUGAUUACAAAAUCUAAGUACUCCUUGCCUAAAAUAUUCCUUACCUUAAUAUUUCAUUUUGCAAAUUCCACUUGUACGUCCGAUGAAAACCAGGUCUAAUUUCUCUUCAUUAAAUUGAUCAGUUGGUUAGAUUCAUAUUUCAUUUAACAACCACCCUAAAAAAAAAAUAAUAAAGUUUGGACCAGCUAAUGAAAAUAUUCAUACUAAGUGAGCUAAAAUUUAAUUUUAACCAGCUUUAGUCCAGCCCCAGUCCAACAGAAGCAGUAAGGACCUUCUGUCAACUACCAUUACACUAUAGAUGAAAAAAAAAUGACAUAACAGUUAAGCUUUUAAAACUAUAGGAAAAACACAAAUAUUUAUACACUUACUGUAAAUGUAAAUCUUACAUUACUGUGCUUUUUCCAAAUGCAAGGUUAGAAAAGAAAAAAUUAAAACAAUGAGAUCAGUUAGAACAGUGGUCCUCAAGUUCAGCUCCAGGGUUCUACUGUGCCUACAGGGUUUUGUCCCAACAAUCUUCUGCUUUUAAACGGACCUCUACCUUAAUUAAGUUUUUAUGUUUUGGUGUCAAUCCUGAAAUUAUAAAAAUAGGAUUUGCUACAUUUUUAUUGGAAUGAGGCAAGCACUGAUAUAUGGGUCUUGGCAAUUUUAAUUUUGAUUUGAUAUACUUUGCUAAUCCCUGAGAAGAAAUUAAUUACAUAAUUAAUUACAUAUGAGCUAAUUAAAUAAUGAGAUUGAUUAAAGGCAAAAUUACACACUGAUUAAGAAACUGGUUGCAACAAAAACAUGCAAUCACAGUGGACCCUGGCACUGUACCUGAGAACCACGGAACUAGGAGCUAAAUAACUCAAUGGCUACAAAAUGGGUUAGAAGAAAAAUCUGUAGUUGCAGUGAGUGCCAAUGACUGAACCCGAUAGCCAGUUUUCCUCAAAGGACACCUCCUUCAAUUCUUUAUUAUUACCCAACUUACCACCUAAAAUUCAGGGGCACUGAACUUGAGAUUCUGGAUGAGUUGACAUGUCACAGAUGUAGGCCUUGGGGUGUGGGGGUGAGCUUCUGGGAAGUCCAACAUCAAACCUUUAUAUAUUCCUUUAUGUUCCAUGUAUUUUCAUGGUGGUUGCCAAAGAGGCUGGGCUGCUUAUCCAUCACCAUCAGCCUUAUAAAGGUGGAGACAAUCCAUAGUCCCCUCCAGUCACUAUUGUGGUUUUCUCACUCAAUUAGGCUUUAUUUGACUGUCAUCUGCUGAAAAAAAUGGGCUUUCAUGGGUUUCUAUUUUUGAGGUACUUUAUUAAAAAACAACAUGGAAUUUUGGGCUAUGUUUCAACCCUGCUACAACAAAUUUUUACCAUGUUUAUCGUCCAUUUGGCAACUCUUCCACACUACACUUGUUUAUGUUCUUUAUUGUUGUAAACUUUGAGGGGGAACCCCAAAAACCAAAUUGUGUGAUAGAAUGGGUGUAUACUAUCACUCUGAAAUAUUUUAGAGGGGAUCUAGUCAUUCUGAAACGACUCACCCCAGAUUUUCAGUGGGUCAUUUUAUCAACUUUAGGCAUUGGGCUAUUGUUUUGGGCAAAUUCACUAUUUUUAAGCUAUCCUUAGGAUAUAAAUGUUUUAGGAACAUGACAACUGUGCUUCCAGGUCAUUGUGAAUACACUCAUCGUGUGGUGAAUUCUCUUGAGUUAUUCGUUUACCUUUGCAAUUACUGGAUUUUUUAACCAUUGCUUGGAUUGGGACUUUGUUCUAUUUUGAUGUCACUACUUUCUUUUCCUUUUGUGAUAUUUGGAGCCUAUUUUUGCCAUAAAGCAUUUUCAUGAAAAUAAAUCUUUUUGUUUUAUAAA